UUGUGUCGCGCAUGCAUCGAGCCUCUUGUGCUUGGAGAUGGAGGCGAAUCGCGAGUUCGCCUCGAAAAAAAAACCUUCAUAUAAUGCGUGAAAUGUCUUCCUUUGUCUCUUGCUACCGGUAGUUGACAUUUGUCAUUCGUCAGACUGGCAAUUCUCAUCCCAGAGACUGAUCCCACCCCCCCUCCCGCCUUGAGAUCACAAUGUCGAAGAGAAAGGGCAAAGCCCCAGUCCAGUUGAACCCGUCCAAACGUUGGCUGCUGUCAUGGGACAUGAACGAUGGCAAGCAGCCGGGAGCAUCCACCAGCCACGGCGGCACUGUCACAAUGCCAUCAGAUGCCCCAGAGACAGUCUUGGAUGUUGCUUGUGGACCGAGAAGCUCAGAGAGCAUUGGAGACCCAGUCAGUGCCAAAUCCAAGAUACAGGCUCCGCCCCACCACAUCACGCCGUCAGAGUACCAGACCCUGUGGGAGAGGGCUGACUACAGUAUCACCAUUCACGAACACUGCCCCCAGGGGGACCUGGCCUGCCGCUUGGGCCAGAUCGCGCUCGGUCUAGCUCCCCACCGUCUGUCCAAGCAAUCGGAGCCGACGACGAGCCUUGAAAUAUCUGCCGUUAAUUCUGAAGGUGAGGGAUGCGAUGACCUAGUGCCUGAUGCUCUCCCCAAGCAGAUCCCCAGAGGGCGCUGUUCGCUGUUUAUCAGCUCCGUCGGGCCGCAUUAUCUGGUGUUCGACUACGCGCCAGAUAACGUGGAGAAUGCGCCGAACGGUUUAUCGUCAAGGGUGUACUUCUGUCUCAAGGCAGCUGUGCUGAACGAACCGCCCGUCUCAUGUUUGGACAGUGUAGAACACGUCUGCCACCAUCAUAAGUCAAAGGUGAAACUAAUCCGUCACGGCUACGAUUCAAAGACUGGUCGGCUGUCUCUGUCCAUCUGCCUCUUGCGGCCGGCGUUAGCCGUACCCAAGUUUGCCUCAGAGCCGGUCAGACGGCUGGACUUCGCGUAUCACAUGCAGAACCUGAUGCACUGGCUGCACGGGUUCCAGGCACCAGCUCCACGCCAGGUUCCGACCUCCAAACGGCACGACUUCAACCAGCUCUUUGACGCCGUGCGCCGCCGCCACGCGGAAAGCGGCAACCACGCCAUUGCCCUGACAAUCCAGCUGCAGCACCCCUGCCUGGUGCCCACGCUGCGGGAGUACCAGCGGCAGGCGGUCAGCUGGAUGCUGCAGAAGGAAGGGUUCAGGGAGAGGAAGGACGAGAAGGAGGGGGCGGAGCUUGGAACCAGAGAGAGUGGGAGGCUGCACUGCAUGUGGUCAGAGCUGCAGCUGGCUGACCAGACUCUGUUUUACAAUUACCACAGCGGCCAAUUCACCAGGCAGCGCUUCACCCAGCUGCCCCCCUUUCCAGGAGGCAUCCUGGCCGACGAGAUGGGCUUGGGCAAGACGGUGGAGGUUCUGGCUUGCAUCCUCGCCCACCCGAGGUAUCAGGCCGCACCCACCCCGAGUGAGACCAACGACGCAAGCGUAGACAAAGAGGGGGGUCCACAUCCCACCUGUGCUCUCACAGUUGUAGAUGACAAGCCUUCGAACUCCAGUCGAUGCGUAUCCGAGGCAGGAACAUCGGACACCGAGUGUUUGUCAAAUGCAGCUCUUCGAGAGGAAAUGCGGGAGGUUGUUGGUAGGGUUGCACAAGAAGGUAACGCCGUAAAAGCCAAAGCCGGAAGCACCAGUACAGGUCCAGGGCCAAUGGAUCAAAGUACAGUAGGAACCUUGCAGCAGGCAGAGACUAAGUUGGAAGGUCCUCUUCAUUCGUCUGGUGGAGGAAAGGCUGCGUUUUCCGACUCAGGUGUAAUUGCUUCACAGCCUGAUAUGUCACAGCAUUCUCAGGAAACUUGCAGCCUUAGAACGGUGGAUUCCAGCUCAGGGAUGCAUGCAGAGAGAACUUCGUCUGUGGUAAGCAUCGCUAACCCCGAGGCUCAGCCCAGAAGAAAAGAACAAAUAUCAGCAUCUGUAACUAAGACCGAGGACACAGGUGGUCCCGAUCAGUUAUCAACUACCUCAGUGCAAGCAAAACAUCUCCAGACUGAGGACUUUAUCAAGCCAGGGUCUGUCAGUUCAGCUGUGCUUUUAGAUGACAUGCCUUCAGGAAGCAAGCAUCCGAUGUCCCAACAGAGAGCACUGGUGUCCAAAAUUUUAGAAACGGCAGAGACAAAACUCACUCUGGACCUGGACAGUGCAGAGAUACAUGUGAAAGGCGAAGAUGGAAACCCAUGUGUACCUGAGAACGUAGAACCUCCGAUGGCAAAGAGCACAGACCAGUCCGUACAUGCAGCUUCGGAGGAUGAGUGUGCCAGUCCAAGACAGCCAUCGGAGACAUCGCCUCCAUCAGAUCAGCAGAGUACAGCAGCAACCACCUCUGCAGAAGUUGGAGGAGACGCCAGCAAAUCGUCGAAGAAACCCAAAAAGAAGGCAGCCCCCAGGAGACCGCCCCCGAACCCCUACCUGAGGCCGGCGAGCCGAGAGCCGCCCAAGUUCCGCUUCGAGUGCAUCUGCGGGGUGCGGGAGGGAGAGCUGGACCCAGAGCGCAGCAUCCAGUGCCGGCAGUGCGGGGGUUGGCAGCACAGCCGAUGCGUGAACUACAGCAAGGAGUUCUUGGGGAGCAAGGGCUACCUCUGUCCGAUGUGCUGCAUGGAGCAGCCUGCAGUGCCGUCUGGAGCUACUUUGAUCGUAUCCCCUACAACCAUCUGCCAUCAGUGGAUCGACGAGAUCAACAGACACAUACAGUCCCAGACCCUCAACGUACUGGUGUAUAACGGCGUAAAGAAGCACGGCUUCUUCCAGCCUUGGAUGCUAGCCAAGCAUGACAUCGUCAUCACGACCUACAACACACUACGGACGGAACUGAACUACGUCGAUCUGCCUCACACAAACAGUGAGACUGGAAGACGGUUGCGGCAUGCCAAGCGUUACAUGGCCGUCCCUAGCCCCUUACCCGCUGUGGAAUGGUGGAGGGUCUGUCUUGACGAAGCCCAGAUGGUAGAGUGUCCAACAGCUAAGGUCGCUGAGAUGGCCCUGCGUCUGACAGCUGUGAACCGGUGGUGCGUCACUGGUACCCCCAUUCAGAAGGACUUGGACAAUCUGUACGGUUUGUUCCUCUUUCUGGGCGUGGAGCCUCACUGGGUGAGAAGCUGGUGGGACAACAUGCUGUACUAUCCCUAUCUCCAUGGCAACCAGGAGCCAAUGGAGAAGGCCUUGGCGGAGGUGCUUUGGCGCAGCGCUAAGAAAGACGUCAUCCAUCAGAUUAACAUCCCCGCUCAGACAGAGCGGACUCACUGGCUCCAGUUCUCGCCCAUCGAGACCCACUUCUACAAGCGCAAGCAGGAGGACUGCUCCAAGGACUUCCUGGAGGCGGCCGGCCGGAUGAAAGUGGACAUCCGGACGCGCCUAAGCACCCUGGCUCGCGACACGGUCCACCGGCUGAUGAACCCUUUACUGAGGCUCCGGCAGGCCUGCUGUCACCCGCAGGCCGUCCGUGGCGAGUUCAUCAGCAUGCAGCGCACCACCCUGAGCAUGGCGGAGCUGCUGGCCUCCCUGACCCUCAAGGCCAGGCUGGAGUCGGAGGAGGCCCACCGGCAGCUGGUGUGCGCCCUGAAUGGUCUGGCGGCAGUCUGCAUCAUCAAGGGCGAGAUCCUAGAUGCCAUCCAGGACUACCGCGAGAUUCUGCGCUCGGCGGAGGAGCACAAGGACCGGCUGAAGACGGACUCCCUACAACGCUUGCACGCCACGCACAACCUUAACCAGCUGAUCCAGCUGAAGCCAGACGGUCUGGUGCCAACCCUCCGAGACGGGGACCUCGAACAACAGGUGCAGGAGAUCAGAGAUGCCUAUCUCGCCAAGGCCGAGGCAGCUCUCCAGUCCAGCAUAGUCAGUCUGCGGCCACUCCAAGAAAAGAUUGCAGAGCUCAAACCUAAGCUGUCUCCCCGUACCCCAUGGUGGCUGGAUGGCCUGCAGUGGUUGCGCUACGUGGGCGUCGAAGAGGACUUUGUCGACAAGGUCAAGGACACGCUGAUGUCCACUACGCACAUGGACAGCAUGAGCGUGGCCAAUCAUUUUUCAACAAUCCACGGCUUACAGAUGGUCCUGGUCAACAAGCUGGACGACCUGGACAACGCUUACAAACGUGUGCUGGCCGGCAUGGAGCAACUCAACAUGGACGUCACCCAGGAGCUGGUCGACGAGGCGACGGAUUGUCACUUGCGACCUUUUGGCGGGAAACCUAAAAACAGGUGUACUUUCUGCACGGUUCAUAACUUUUUCGUAGAAUACGAGACUUGCUUGUUCUCCAUAAAACAAAGGGAGGUCCUCUCCGAGGCAGACGAGGACGAAUCGGAGGCAACCGGACCCCGAGUCCAGGGGUCCUGGGCGGCCAGCGAGACGGAGAGGAUCCUGAGAGCCCUCUUAGCUUCCCUGAGGCAACACGGGGGAGACCGGGAGGUCCUGGAGGAAGGCGGGGCGCACAUCGAGAUGAUGGAGGUGCAGAAGAAAGAGUUCAAGAGCCUGCGGGCGACCUGGACAAUGCUGUGUGAGCGCGUGGCGGCCUGGGACGAGCUGAAGAUGGCUACCACGCGUCUGCGUCUCCGCGAGGCCCACGAACCGGAAGAAAUCACCGCCGAGGCCAACGUCAUCGAACCCGGACAGUUGGAUCAGCAGAGACUGAAACUUCUCAGCGAUCGGGCCCUGGCACAGUCUGAGUUGAAGAAGAAGUUGGGCCAGCUGGUUUAUCUGAAGAGCUUGGCUCAGGCUCAGUCGGAUCUGCCGGAGGGCAACAACCCGGAACCUUGUCCCAUAUGUGUGAGAGAGCUUGGAAAACAGUGGACUGUCCUGCCCUGUGGUCAUUCCUUCUGCAACAGCUGUAUGGACAUGAUGCGGGUCCACCGCGGCGGGCAACGCAAGACCCUGCGCUGCGCAAUUUGUCGGGCAGUGGCCUCCCUCCAGGAAAUCUCCUAUGUCAGCACGCAGCCGACCGAUCAGCCAGAGGACUGCGCCAUUCCUGUGAAGGGAGGCUUUUCAACCAAAGUAGAAGCGGUGGUUCGAACCCUCCUUCAGCUCCAAGAGCAAGACCCCAACGUGAAAGCCAUCGUAUUCUCGACGUGGGUGGACGUGUUGACGGUCAUCGCCAAGGCACUGAAAGACAAUCAUGUGGAGUUCCGUAGCAUCGGUUCCCGUGGUGAACGCCAGUUUAAAGAAAACCUGAUGGACUUCAAGCAGGAAGACGGAGUCACCGCCCUCCUGCUGCCCGUUCACAGCGGCAGCAAAGGACUCAACAUCAUCGAGGCUACUCACGUGCUUCUGGUGGAGCCCAUACUCAACCCGGCCAGCGAGCUACAGGCCGUGGGCCGGGUGCACCGGAUUGGCCAAACAAAGCCGACGGUUGUUCACCGCUUUCUGGUCAGGGACACCAUCGAAGAGAGACUGCACGCCUUCUUGCAGGCCAACCACACCAGCGACAGCUUGGACAGCAUGGAGGGAGAGACAGGCACCCUCACCCUGCAGAACCUCAAGCAGCUCUUCACUGAUGAGAGCGGGGCACCAGACAGUGCUACGGCCGACGGCAUUGUGGACCAAACAGAUGAUUGAUAUUCACGAGGCGAAGACCACGACAGCCAAUCUGGACGAGGAGACGUCAUACCAUUUAUAGCUUUUAAAAAAACUGUGUUUUCAUGAAUCAUGGCAGGUUGCAGUCACGGAUUGUUCCCGUUCUGAGGUUUUGGAGACACUGGUGUAUAAAUACUGACAUAGUUGAAAUAUAUUUUCAACCUGAAAAAAAAUCCCCAGUAUUCCUAGAGCUUCAUUCUACAAGAGUCUUCAUGUGUUAUUUCGCGAUAGUUCUGUUGACUUUAUAUUCCGCAGUAAUUGAAAAAAUGUACCAAAAUCACAAUUAAUGAGAUCAUGUACAUCCAAUCCAUCUUAUUCAGCAUUCACUAUGAAUAUGUUUUGAGGUCAGUGUUUGUGGGAAACAUCGUUUUGAUUGACCUUAGUUUUUAUAAAUGUUGAGGCAUGCUGCGUCUGUGCCUUUGAGGUAGGCGUGUUGGAUGGUGCGAGGAGGGCACACAGUGAAAUCUGAGGAGGUGUUUUUUGAGGCCUCUUUCACGCCCUUAUCUGUGAUGUCAGGCAUCAAGUUUUGCUGCACCAUCAGACCAGACGCGGUGCCACGUUUUUCCACGUGUCGGUUGGAGCCAUGCUGUAGUCACGUUCACCACAAGCCAUCCAGUCUUGCUCCAAGUCCCAAGCUUCACAGACAAACUGAUGAUUAAAAGUUUGUCCCCACCCACAUUUGUCCGUGCGUCACAACACUUGCAGCUUUCCCCCGAAACUACCAUCGCAAAACACAUACCCUUAGUCACAUCCCGAACAAUUAUCCUGGCAGGAAAUCGGCGUCCAGGACCCAUUCUUUCCCCAGUGAGUGCUGAUUCCCGCCGCUUGUUGCCUAGAUCCAAGCACCUAAAUGUACUAGAAAGACCACCCCAAAACACUCUUUAUUGUUGGAAAACAACUGUUUCUUACUGCCUUGUUUUUUGGGGGGUUUUACAAGUGGCUUCUGAAACGGGCAUUUUAUAUAAAGGGCAGUUUUGAGAUCAGGACACAGUUUAGCACUUCAAGUUAGCACAAUUUAGCUCUUCAAUUUUUUUGGGGGGGAGGGGGCAUAUGAUUAUCUCUUCCUUUGAAUUGAAUGUAUUUUCUGUUGAGCAUUAUUGUUUGGAUUCCUAUCAAUGGAAACAUUACUAAACAAGGUUUAGCUCCAUGCCAAAUACACUCACAUAAUUUAUUUUUCUGUAAAUCUACACAUGUAGCAUAAGUAGCAAUCUUGUCUUUUGUUAUUAUGCACAUUUUUAAUAGUAUUUAAGUUAGUUAGAUAAGUGUACAUAGACAAACAACCGUAACUUACAAAUCUGUGCAAAGAUGAUCGUUCGAUAUAAACAGAAGAUCUUGAGAACAUCAAGGAAUGUCUCAUCGUGGCCAACAUAAUUUGUACAAAGCGAUGACAUUACAGUGCAUGUAUUUGAUAAUGUGUGCAAUAGCUUUUUCAUGAAGCAAAGGGAAACCGAGAGACUGAUAUUUCCCCAAAAGUACCUAGCAUUGUCAGUUAUUCCUGGACUGUCGAUUUGUGGGGUUAGGCCCUCCCCCCGUGUGUUUUUUAAAACUAAGACACACCCCACACACCCUCAGCCCUGCAUAAAAGCAGUGGAAAUCAUCGAUAUAAAGAAAAUUCAACCUUCAGACAGUUGAUGGCCCCAGCCAUCGAAUUUUCAGACUGGAAACUGUGAAGUUUCUCUGUAGCAAACAGAUAUUUUUUUUAAGUUAAGAGAUUUUUCAUCUUUAGAAAGUGAGAGUAGAUUAGGACAAGAUUUAAAUAAACAAGUAAAUGCACGGUUUGUUGACGACAAACCUUGUUAAAUUA